UCAAUCAAUGGCAGGAAUUGGUGCGUCUGAAAGCUGCCAUCUUGACAGUGAUGAUGACAAACAACUCUGCCAACUCACCUCCUUCUUCCCCUCCUCUUCUUAAUCACUUCACCGAACCUGAUGUCGUACACUUUACUUCAAUUAAUCAGUUCGUCGCCAGCUUCUGCGUUGUUCAUUGCACCAGGUGGCAGUUUUGCUUUCCUUGCUCCUCUAAACAAACUCCUAGAUUCUUCACCGGUUUUCUCUCCUCGUGACAUCUGUGACGCCCAUCCCGAGCGGUCGACGGAGGGCGGCGAUCACUCUUAGGAUCCGUCGUUGCAGAUUUCCCGGUGAUCCUGUGCCCCAAAGGUGCCACCUUUCCUCUCUUUUCCCUGUCAAAUCUCCUCUUUUGGGGGCUCUCUUGUUGCUUGACGUUGAAUCCAUGUUUCUGGUUUAAUAUCGGCUGGAUUUUCGUCGUUUCUUUGCUUGCUGCGGAGAUUUACGGCUCCUCCAGUCCCGGCAUCGGUUUCUUUGUUUUCUUUCUUUGCCUGGCCCUGCAUCAGCCGCAAAUCAAUGGUGCAUUAGGGUUUCCUUGUUUUUGGUCAGACCUGCUUUUUUCUUAAUGUCUUAAUUUCUCCCGCAUACUUGAACUGCAUCUCUAAUUUCCAUCGUUGAAGAAGAAAAAGGAUUUUUUUCUUCCUCCAACAGAUUCGAUUUCUGUUAGGUUUAUCUGCUAAGGGCCAUGAAAGGCACUGGAGUGAGCUGCAUCAUCUUUAUGCUUGUUUCAAUCAGAUGCAUCCAUUGUGCUUUUACUCCUGCAGACAAUUACCUGAUUGAUUGUGGUUCCUUGACCGAUACAACCAUCUACGAUCGAAUUUUCGUCUCCGAUGUUUCCUUCUCUUCGACUUUGACUCCCUCCUCGAACAACCUAGCCAACACCUCGGGCUCGGUGCCCCCUUCCACCUACGGCGCUGCCCUGUAUCAAAAUGCCCGGGUGUUCACUGUGCCCUCCUCCUACUCCUUCCAAAUCACUGCCCAUGGCAGACACUUCGUUCGCCUCUACUUCUUCCCCUCCGUUUACGGAAGCUUCGAUCUCACUUCCUCAACCUUCACUGUGUCGACCCAAGAUGUCGUCCUCCUCGACCAUUUCCAGCCUCAGGCGAACUCUGCAGCCGUCGAGGAGUUCUUGGUGAACAUAAAUAGCAAUACUCUUGCCCUUACAUUUGCGCCGACGGGAAACAAUUCCCUUGCCUUUGUGAACGCCAUAGAAGUCGUAUCUGUUCCGGAAACCUUAAUCGCAGAUACUGCUACCGUCGUCGAUCCUCCCCGCAGCUACCAGGGUCUGUCAGAUCAGUUGUUGGAGAAGAUUUACAGAGUCAACAUGGGCGGCCCUCAGAUUUUCCCCAACAAUGAUACUCUGUGGCGAACUUGGGACACUGAUCAGAAGUCGCCGCCGUUUAACAAUUCGCUUUCUGCGCCAUUUAUCUUCUCAGGAAGAAUCAAUUAUAAUGGAGGAGGAGCAACUCAGGAGACUGCUCCAGACACAGUGUAUGCAACGGCAGCGAGAUUGCUUGCCUCCAAUACUUCAAAUGCUAGAUUCAAUAUGUCAUGGCGGUUCCCGGUGGAUGCAAAUUCAUCCUACUUGAUUAGGUUUCAUUUCUGUGACAUAGUCAGUGAUGCAGCUGGAGACCUCUUGUUCAAUGUUUACAUUAAUUCCUGGCUCGUAGCUCCCAAUCUUGAUCUUUCUAGCUAUACAGACAGGCAGUUAGCAACCCCUGUCUAUAGGGAUUAUGUUUUGGAGGCAAGUGAUGCAUCAGGUACUCAACUCAACAUCAGCAUUGGUCCUUCAGACAUUAACGGUGUUUUGCCUGAUGGCAUACUCAAUGGGCUCGAGAUCAUGAGGAUCGGGUCCGGCGGCGGGUCUCCGGUCACACCGCCUGGUUCGAAGAAAAACCUUGCCAUCAUAUUGGCUCCAGUACUUGGAGCCGUUGUGGUGGCCAUCGUUGCUGUUGCUCUCUGCGUAGUCCUUCGAAAGAGGAAGCUUAAGGAACAGUAUUCCAAGUCUUGGGUGCCUUUCUCCAUCAAUGGCUUCACCUCUCACAGCGCAGGGAGCCAGACUUCUAAUGGAACUGCAGUUACACUGAAUGGAAACUUUGGCUAUCGUCUGUCUUUCGCCAUCCUGCAAGAGGCGACCAACAACUUCGACGAGAAUCGGGUGAUCGGCGUCGGAGGCUUCGGGAAGGUCUACAAAGGCGCGCUGAGAGACGACACGAAAGUUGCAGUGAAAAGGGGAAACCCCAAGUCUCAACAGGGCAUCAAUGAGUUCCACACCGAGAUUGAACUGCUGUCGCGCUUGCGCCAUCGCCAUCUCGUUUCUCUGAUCGGAUACUGCGACGAGAAGAACGAGAUGAUUCUCGUUUAUGAAUACAUGGAGAAGGGCAGCCUCAAGAGCCAUCUUUAUGGUUCGGACAUGCCUGCUCUGAGUUGGCAGCAGAGGCUGGAAAUCUGCAUUGGAUCAGCUAGAGGAUUGCACUAUCUCCAUACAGGGCAAGCCAAAGCGAUCAUCCACCGCGACGUCAAGUCCGCAAACAUUUUACUCGACGAGAAUCUCUUGGCGAAGGUGGCUGACUUCGGGCUAUCGAAGACUGGGCCGGAGCUGGAUCAGACUCACGUCAGCACCGCCGUCAAAGGGAGCUUCGGCUACCUCGACCCCGAGUACUUCCGGAGGCAGCAGCUGACCGAGAAAUCGGACGUGUACUCGUUCGGGGUGGUUCUGCUCGAAGUGCUGUGUGCGAGGCCGGUCAUCGAUCCGACCCUACCGAGGGAGAUGGUGAACUUGGCGGAAAUGGGAAUGAAGUGGCAGAGGAGGGGAGAGCUGGAGCGCAUCGUCGAUUCUCGCAUCGCCGGGUCGAUCAGGCCUGAAUCCUUGAAGAAAUUUGGGGAAACCAUCGAGAAAUGCCUGGCGGAUUCCGGCGUGGAGCGCCCGUCGAUGGGCGACGUCCUGUGGAACUUGGAGUACGCUCUUCAGCUUCAUGACGCAGACGCCGGUACCAUCUCCGAGGUCAACAGCAUCAACCAGAUAACUGAACUUUCGCCACGGGUUCAGAACUUCAGCGCCUACGAGAACGCGCCGCCGGCGGGAGAAGCCGAAACGUCCCUGCUGAAUGAUCUUUCCGACGUUUCCAUGAGCAAAGUCUUCUCGCAGUUGAUCAAGUCCGAGGGAAGGUAGGGCGAUCCGACCGGCAAAGUUGUUGUCAUUUUACAGUGUUUGAAUAGCGCAGUAUAGCAGGGUUGAGGAUUGUUCUAUUUAAAUAUGCAAUAAUAUUUGUCAGAAUCUUUAAA